UAGAUGGUUCAAUAAGGCAAUAACAGGUCCUCUUUCCCACCCUGCACUUUGAAGGAAAAAAUACAUGCAAGGGAGCCAAUUUAUUUAAUAUUACUUGCAUUUUUGUUUUUAAUUUGUUGUCUUGUAUGCCUUUCAAGAGCAUCAAUCAAAUAUUUUUUUAAUCUAAUCGUAUUUUCUCUGAGAUGGAAAUGAGAUAUCGCCCAACAACGGUGAUGUGCUGUGCUCUUGCGGUUCUCUGCUCCAUCGCUCGUUCCGUAAAUGCUUCAUUCGGGGACAGACAGUACCUCAACGAAUGGGCGGUGGAGAUUCCCGGAGGACUGGACGCCGCCAGGUCCAUUGCCAAAGAACUGGACUACCGAGUAGUCCGCCAGAUUGGGGCGCUAGAAAACCAUUACUUGUUCAAACACCAGACUCAUCCCAGCAGGACGAAACGAAGUGCCGAUCACAUCACCAAACGCCUGUCCGAGGAUGAUCGGGUAUCAUGGGCGGAGCAACAAUAUGAGAAGCGGCGCAGUAAGCGGGCGUCACUGGGGUCAUGCCGGGACUGUCCGGUGGACGAGCUGUUCAAUGACCCUAUGUGGAACCAGCAGUGGUACCUGCAAGACACUCGGACGUCGUCCUCCCUGCCCAAGCUGGACCUCCACGUGAUUCCUGUGUGGAAGAAAGGGUUCACAGGAAAAGGAGUGGUCAUCACCGUGCUGGACGACGGUCUGGAGUGGAACCACACCGACAUCUAUCCCAACUAUGACACAGCAGCCAGCUACGAUUUCAAUGACAACGACCCUGACCCCUUCCCCAGGUACGACUCCACCAAUGAGAACAAGCAUGGGACCAGGUGUGCCGGUGAGAUCGCCAUGCAGGCAGACAACAAUAAAUGUGGAGUCGGGGUGGCGUACAACUCCAAGGUUGGAGGGAUCCGCAUGUUGGACGGUAUCGUGACGGAUGCCAUCGAGGCCAGUUCUAUUGGCUUCAAUUCGGACCACGUGGACAUCUACAGUGCCAGCUGGGGACCCAACGACGAUGGAAAAACGGUCGAGGGUCCCGGUCGCCUUGCGUCAAAAGCCUUUGAGUACGGCAUCCGGAAGGGCCGGGGAGGGAAGGGUUCUAUCUUCGUGUGGGCAUCAGGAAACGGGGGCCGCCAGGGGGACAACUGCGACUGCGACGGCUACACAGACAGCAUAUACACCAUCUCCAUCAGCAGUGCCUCCCAGCAGGGCCUGUCCCCCUGGUACGCUGAGAAGUGCUCCUCCACCCUGGCUACCGCCUACAGCAGCGGAGACUACACCGACCAGAGAAUAACCAGUGCUGAUUUGCAUAAUGAAUGCACAGAGACACACACAGGAACCUCCGCCUCCGCGCCACUAGCUGCUGGGAUAUUUGCCCUCGCACUGGAACAGAACCCUGAGCUGACGUGGAGGGAUCUGCAGCACUUGGUGGUGUGGACGUCUGAGUUCGACCCGCUGGCCAACAACCCUGGCUGGAAGAGGAACGGGGCAGGCCUGAUGGUCAACAGUCGUUUUGGCUUCGGCCUGCUCAAUGCCAAGGCCCUGGUGGACCUGGCCGACCCGGCCACCUGGAAACACGUCCCUGAGAAGAAACAGUGCAUAAUCAGGGAUGACUCCUUCCAGCCCAGGGCAUUGAAAGCAGCAGGAGAGAUCACCAUUGAGAUCCCCACCAAGGCCUGUAAUGGCCAGGACAACGCUGUCCUCUCACUAGAGCAUGUGCAAGUGGAGGCCAGCAUCGAGUACACCAGGAGAGGAGACCUACACAUCACACUCACAUCCCCAUCAGGCACUAGCACGGUCCUGCUGGCAGAGAGAGAGAGGGACAUGUCAUCUAAUGGCUUCAGGAACUGGGACUUCAUGUCUGUUCACACCUGGGGAGAAGACCCAACUGGCACCUGGACCCUCAAGAUAACUGACACGUCCGGGCGGAUGGAGAAUGAAGGCCAGAUCCUGACCUGGAAGUUGAUUCUCCACGGCACGUCAGAGAAGCCCGAGCACAUGAAGAAACCCAGAGUGUAUGUCCCUUACAACGCUGUCCAGAAUGACCGUAGAGGAGUAGAGCACAUGGACGACAUGAUGGAGGAACUGUCCACCCAGGCUGAGGCCCACUCACCGCAGAAGACUCAACCCCCUCCUUCUGCCACCCCCAAGAUGAAGCAGAUGAGGCUCUCCUCCCCACCCCUGUCACCCUCCCUGGCCCUCCUGCGUCUCCUCCAGAUGGCCUUCAACCGGCAGACCCCCGCCGCCCUGCCCCAGUCCCCAGAAAAGGCCCCCUCUAGCAGGGGAGAGCAGCACCAGGGCAGGCCAUACUCUAUUCCAGGGGGAGCAGGCCCUCGCAUCGCUCCCCAGAAGCUGUACCAGGCCCUGGACAGGAUCAACCAGUACCAGCGGGCCGGGCAGGAUGAAAGCCUUUACAGCGACUACAGUGACGGCUUCUACAGAGCCAAGCCCAACAGGCACAGAGAUGACCGGCUGCUGCAAGCACUCUUCAACAUGCUCUCUAACGACAGGCAGUGAGGGAAGGGGGGCAUGGGGUGGAACUCAGUGUGUGCAGGCUUUUGUUCCAGACCCAACAUAUCCAGCCCUGUAGGAUUCAGGGCCGAUUGAACUAAUCAUGGUCUACAUUGAAGAUUGUGCUUAGUUAACUACCGGUAGUUGAAUCAGGUGUGUUAGUGCUGGGCUCAAGCCUACACAUCCCUGCGGUUCUCCUUAGUCAAGAUUGGCCACCACGGGGUAAGGUAUGAGAGAGAUAGGGUGAGGAGGUGGCGGCGGCUGGGCAUGGAAGGAGCAUGCGAGAGAGCGGGAGAGUGAAAGCCAGAGAGAAACUCUUCCAGCCAAAUGUGUUGUUGUUUUUCCAAAACUCUGCUUUUCUUACCUUGCAGCAUUCUAGCCUGUCUCUCUGUCUAUCUGUCUUUCAUUCUGCACAGUUGUAGGUCGGUUGCAUCUCAAUUCCCGGAAGUAGCUUUCCUUCCUCCUCCCCCUCCUCCUAAUGUAGUGAAACCUAGCUAGCCCAUAGACUUCCGCCAUAUUUUUUCAGUCUUCUAAGAUCAGUAUGCAUGAAAGAAAAGAGGCAAGGAAAGGGGGCCCAAAUAGAAUACUUAGAUUCAACUAGGAUUCCAUUCCACCCGCCUCCUCCAGCCAUUUAUCCACCUCUAUCCACCAUCAUUCCACCCUCUUCCUCCAGCCAUCUAUCCACCUAUAUCCACCAUCAUUCCACCCCUUCCUCCAGCCAUCUAUCCACCUCUAUCCACCAUCAUUCCACCCCCUUCCUCCAGCCAUCUAUCCACCACCUCCUCUAACCACCUAUCCACCUCUAUCCACCAUCAUUCCACCCCUCCACCAGCUAUCUAUCCACCAUCAUUCCAUCCAUUCCUCCAGCCAUCUUUCCACCUCAGGAUGGGUCCCAAUAGUCUUAAAGGGACACUUCACUUCAAAACAAAAGUUAGUAAGAUGUUUUCAGGCCUCAAAAGUGGUCUGGUGUAGAGAUGAGUUCACGUACCAGGACACGUGUUUUUUUAGAUCCAACUGUAUGCCUCAACCCCAAAUUAAUGAAAAAAUAUAGGCACUGAAUAAAAUGAGGAAAUGUAUUUCCAUUCGUCCAGAUUAAGGAAAGGUAUUUCCAUUCAUUCCAGAUUUGGCAUAUAUAUGUAGCUGGAUCUACUCAAGAUUUGACACGGGACAUAGACUCAUCUGUUCAUAACUUUUUGGGUAUGAAUCGUCAGACAAAACAAACUUGAUUUUUGAGUCCCAAGAGACAGAGAGAAAAAUAUUAAUAAUUGUAUAUAUUUAGUAUAUCAAUUAUAUUUUGAGGCUCUAUUUAUCACCUUUACCUAUCAGUGGUAUUGAAGAAAUGGAGACAAGAGAAGGAGAUAAGGAAAUAACAUUAAGACUUUUGGGACACAGCCCUAUUCUACCACCUGUUUGAGCAUGCUACCUUCAGAAUAUAAAUUUCAUAAUUGUUUUAUGACUGACAUGAUCAAAUAUUAUACAAAGACAAUGAUUGUAAUGUUGUUUUUAAAUAUACUUGGCCUCUAAAAUAUCCACCUCUCUAAACUCUAACUCUGAAAUAUCGAUUUAAUAUUAUACUUUGACAUGUUUAUUUUGUCAUGUAUUUGUUUUCUGUAAGAGUAGAAGUACUCACCUUGCUACUGUAUCUUAAACCCAAAUCCUAAUUUGAAGAAUGUGAUUUUAAGAUAUAUGCACAAUUUCAAGUUAGGUUUACGACUAUACUUUAAUAUGCAUAAAAAAUGCAGUCCUCGUACUGAUUGUUUUUCAAACUGAAAGCUCAAAGAUGUUGAUAUGUUGCAUAUUCUUCACAGGGUGUCAAACAAAGCAUUGGAGAGUUUGAGAACAGCAGUCUUUUACCCGGUUCUCUUGAGAAAAAAAAGUUCAGUUCCUGGGGAAAUUCUUUAAAUAUUUUAUUUUUUAAACAACAACAUACAGUCUAAAACAAAAUAAAUAACCAAGAAUCAA